UGAGGUGCCGCCCCCGCCGGCCACACUGCCCUGGGCCCCGCCAUGGACCCCGCGCAGGCUGCGCAGCUGGGCGAGGAGGUGGCACAGAAACUGCUCCAGUACCGGCAGGACGCGUCGGGCUGGACGAUCUGCAGGGAGAGCAACGGAGUUUCCGUUUCCUGGAGGCGGUCCGCGGAGUUCCCCGGGAGCCUGUACCGCGGGGACGGCAUCAUCCACGGGCCCCCCGAGGCGGUGUGGGAGUGCCUGAGGCCGGCGGCUGGGGGCCUGCGGGAAAAGUGGGACGACAAUGUGACCAGCUUUGAAAUUGUCCAGAGCUUCACUGAUACUCUGUGUGUGAGCAGAACUGCCACCCCCUGGGCCGCCAUGAGGCUCAUUGCUCCCCGGGACUUCGUGGACCUGGUGCUGGUCAAGACCUACGAGGAUGGCACCAUCACCUCCAAUGCCACCCAUGUGGAGCACCCGGCGUGCCCCCCACAGCCGGGCUACGUGAGGGGCCUCAACCACCCCUGCGGCUGCUGCUGUGAGCCUCUGCCGGGGGACCCCAGCAAGACACGCGUGGUGGCCUUCUUCCAGACGGACUUGGGCGGCUACCUCCCGCGGAGCGCGGUGGAUGCCUUCUUCCCCCGCAGCAUGGCCGGCUUCUACGCCAAUCUGCAACGGGCAGUGAGGAAGCUCCAGGGCUGAGUCUCCAGAGCUGGAGCCGGCAGGACCUCCACACCCCAAGGGCCCGACAGCCUGACUCUGGCCUCUCCCGCCUGGGCUCUCGCUCAAGCCCCCGUGGCCGUGCAUCUCCUGGGGUGCAGAGGUUCCUGAACCUGUGCCGCCUGCCCUGCCCGGACACCUCCCCUGGGGCUUGUGGCUGACCCAGCCGGCACCUGGGUGCCCAGCUCCAACCCUCUGGCCACCUCUGCUCCCUGUUUGCCAGAAGGACCCCUGUGGACACCACUGGCCUCUGCCUCCGUCCCCAGCUGGGCCAGGGCGCUGACCAUGCAUCAGGCUGGACGCUUUACAGCUUGGGCCUCAGGAAUAGAGUCAGGGCCUCGCCCUGCUUCCUCUGAAUGGCUGCUUCUCUUCCCUGCGAGUCGCCCUCAGGCUUGGAGCUGGAGCUGAGCCGGCGGCCAGCGGGGACAUGUGGCUGGGAUAUGGGUGGGUCUGCACGGGUUGGGGGUGCUGCCUUGGAGCAUGGGGCCAGCACCCCAACCCCUCUGCAUGCUGAAUGCCCCUGGUGCUCCCCCCACCUUCCUGGGAGGGUGUGCCACCCCCUCAGCUGUGCCUGCUGAGGCCACUGCCUCUGCAGGGAAGUUCCAGCUCGUCAGACUCAGCACAAGCAGAAAACCCUGUGGGCACUCACUGCCUCAGGGGGCCACUCGGGGUCCAAGAGAGAAGGUCCCUCCCUUGUGCUGAGCCACUGGCCUCCUCAAGAAGCCAUGGCCCCUUCACUUCAGCUUCUUCAAAUCAGCUGCCCGCCCCCAGCUGACCUGCGGCAGCGGCGCUGGGCCCCCAGGGGCUCCCAGCACAGAUGGGGCCUAGGCACCCCUGCCUUGAGCAGGAGUCCUCUAGGCUGAGGCUACCAGGCCACCGGGGGCCCUGGGCUGGCACCAGGCUUGGUUGGGUGAAGCACCAGAUGGGGUGUCAGGCUGACAUUGGCCCUGUCUACUGUUUGCGCUCCUCUGAGACUGGGGCUUCUGGGGCUUCCGGUCUUUCACACAUGGACAGACACCCCGCCCCCAGCAGAGUCCCGUAGGGACAGGAAUGCUGAGAGAGGCCAGGCCCAGCAGUGGCUGCUGCUUCCCUAGGACCCACCCACUGUCCCGACCCCCGCAUCCUCCCCCCACACCCACCCACACUCACCCUGUGGCUGCGAACAGGCGCCCGGAGCUCGUGAUGAGAUGGCCAGCUGCGUGGUCUGGUCCCUGCCCCAGGACAGCAGGGAGAGCCUGGGGCCGAGACGUAGGACAGUGGUGCCAGACAUGAGGGACCUCAGGCGGAGUGGGCGGGGCACCCCGCAGGAGGCAGAGUCCUCACAGAAGCUGUGGCCGGCCCGGGGGCCUAUGGACACUCAUCUCCCACCUCCUCCUACAGGCAGUCACUGCAGUCACUGCGGAUUCGCCUGUCCUGCGCAUGGCGCCGAGCGUUCCCCACACGUCUGCACUCAGCCUGUGGUCCCGGGCUCCGCGGCACCAGGGCGGAUGCUGCUGUCGGGUGUGGCCUGUCUGGUUGGGCUCCGCAGCCGCUCCUGGCCAGCCCAGCAGGUGUCCCAGGCAGUCCCGAGCACCACACCCAUCUGGUGUGGCAGCGAGCAGCGGCGGGCGACCCCCUGCCCCUCAAGCCUGUCGCCCUGCCUCUGGCUACUCUGAGGGUCCUGCCUGCCGGCUCCACCAUCCACUGGCUGCAGCCAGGGGUUUGCUCUGUGGAAACAAGGUGUCUCCCCAAAUGGCCCAUGACUCCCCCUCACCCCCACAGCCUAGGCAGGCUGGGUCCAGCUCUGACCGAUGGGACAGUGGAUAUGAGGGCUCCACUGCCCCUGAGCACAUGGCCCCACACGCGCCCACAGCAGGACAUGGGCCACAGCGGUAGGCAAGUCCGUUUAUUCACUGCACUGGAGCCACCUGUGAGCCCCCCGGCAUCGGCCCACAGUGCCCCCUCUCUAGACACCCCUCACCGGGGGCACUCCUGGCCCUCCCGCCAGGCAGCCACAGCCCUUGUGGCCCAGCAGCGCGCAGAGCUGCAGGCUUCCGUAUC